CUCAAACUUCAAUAUAAACCAUCUGACUACCGGUAUAUACAAGCAUUACCCGGUGUGCCAUCCUUUAACAUCGUAAAACCUGGGCUUUUAUACCGUUUCAUGCAGAUCUAGAAGAAGUAUCGAUUGGAAGUUCUCCUUUCUAGCUCUUACUCCGUCCUCAAAUACGGUUAAGGUCCACUUUUCCAAGACUCGUAAUGUUGCUGGCUUACGACAAUUUCAAGAGAAUUAUUGAAAGAGGCAACGGGGCGCAGUAAUACGUAAAGUCUUCCGUGGUUUUCAUAUAUGGCUAAUCUAUUAACUUUGAUCAAAAGGUCUCCAUACUUUUGAAGCCUCUUUCUUUACGAGAUUUUCUUUAUUUUCUUUUUCACAUAUUUGUUGUUGUCCACAUGUGUUGUUUUCGUUUCAUUUUUUGAAAAGCAACACGCUUCCUAGCCUUGACACUCUUUCGAACGAAGGAUUCUUAUCUACUUAUCGCGAUAUCAACCCCUUUAAUCCGUCAAAUAUGCGAUCCUUCCUUGCUGCUGCAACAGCACUUCUUUCUUUGGCUAGCUCUACGCAGGCCAUUCCUCAAAAUAAUGGUGGAUAUGGUGGAGGGUAUGGUGGUUAUGAAAGUCAACAAUCAUCGUCAUCGUCAUCGUCGAUAGCUGUUGCUACAUCAUUAGCAUCAUCAUCAACCAAUUCUGUAUCCGUCAUUGAAGCAGCAACAUCAACAGGCACAGUCGCCUGUAAUAAUUCACCAGAACUAUGCAAUCGAAACUAUAACAACAUAACGCAUAUGGGAGCCCACGAUUUGGCAUUCCUUAGAGAUCAAACAACAGGGUUUUCAACAUCAGGAAAUCAAUUUUAUAACGUCACAGUUGCUUUAUCAUCAGGUAUUCGAUUACUUCAAGCACAGGUUCAUAACUCGAACGGAACCUUAGAACUAUGCCACACAUCCUGCCUACUUCUUGAUGGUGGUAGUCUUGAGACCUUCCUUACCGAAAUCAAAACCUGGAUGGAUGCCAAUACUAAUGAAGUUGUCACUCUCAUUCUCGUCAAUUCCGACGAUGAAUCUGUCGCUACCUUUGGAUCGGCGUUCUCAUCCUCCGGUAUCGCUACCUAUGGCUAUACACCUACUUCUACCACCUCGCCCAUCGCUACUUGGCCUACUCUUCAAACUCUCAUUACCGCAAACACCAGAUUGAUUACUUUCAUCGCAAGUAUUGAUUAUGAUUCUAAUUAUCCAUAUCUCCUCCCGGAAUUUACGUAUGUCUUCGAAACCUACUUCGGAGUUCUCUCUCUGGAUGCAUUUAACUGUACCCUGCAACGUCCCACCUCCAUCGAUUCCGCUUCAGCCGCCGUUUCAUCCAGUUACAUGGGUCUCAUAAAUCAUUUCGCCGACACAGCUCAAUCAUUUGGUAUCACAGUUCCAGAUGUAGAUAACAUCACUACAACAAACUCAGCAUCUACAAAUACGACAGGAGCAUUGGGAACUCAUGCGGAGCAAUGUAAGAGUGAAUGGGGCAUUAAACCAACCUUUAUAUUGGUAGAUUUCUUCAAUGUGGGACCCAGUAUCGACACAGCAGAUAUCAUGAAUGGAAUUUAUGGAGAAACGACAGGAAGGACGGAUGUUAGUGCGAGCGUUUUGACCGCUAGUAGUGAUUCCACUAGCGGUGCUAGCUCGCUGGGUUUUGGGUUGUGGAAGAAUUGGGAAUGCAUGUGGAUUAUGAUUGGAAUUGUUGCGGUGGGAAAUUGGGUAUGGUUAUGAGUGACGUGAAAGGGACGCCCUUACCUUCUUCAUUGGGGGAAUAUUCUUCUAUUUAUGGAACUAUGAUUGAAGAUUUGCUUUUACACUUACAUAGCGAUGGCGUUCUGGAAAUUGGGAUCUAGGGAGGCAAAAUGGCAUUUGCAUAAGCGUAGGGAGAUUUCAACAAAGAGAUUACCUACGCAUGGACAAAAUAUAGAACGAGAUGAUUUUGGAUUUUGGAAAGAGAUACGUCUAGACAUUACUCAAUUGAGGUAGAAGGCUCUUGAGUCGUACAUUAUGCACGCACAAUACUCGGGCAAAAAUAUUUUUAUCUUAAAACAAUUAUGAUAUUUAUGUACAGUGAAGCAUCUACCAGCUUUAUACUGGCUUUA